ACUUCACGGUUCCUCUUUACGGCAGUAAUGGCGGCGCCCGUCCUCCUAUGACCAGAGGUGGCUGCGCUGGAAACAAACCUUCACUCUCCGACCAGACAUCAUCACAAAGAGACCAUCAGAAAUCUCUCCCUAUCACCCCCCCCACCCCGGUGCUGGGUGUUAUACCGCCGACCAUGGCCAUGCAGAGCGGCCAGGCCUUCCAGGAGAAGGUGGCCCGAAUGCUGAGUAAGGAGCACGGGAAGGCGCUGCUGAAGCCCAACAAGCCGCUUGUCCUCAAGGACGAGGUGGCCAACAGGAAAAUGAAGAAAGGAGAGGCCACGUGCAUCACGGAGAUGACCACCAUGAUGGCGUGCUGGAAGCAGAACAACUUUGUGGACGCGCUGUGCUCCACCGAGAUGAGGACGUUCUACACGUGUGUGGAGAAAGCCCAGCUGGACUCAAAGGCCAGGGCCUCGCAGAGCAAGAUGCAGGGGGGCCGCCUGCCGCCCAAACAGGCCUCCGCCCUGCUCAGGAGGUACCCCAACCACCGCACCGAGGUGUAGCUACACCACCCAACUCCGGAGGCACCCCAACACCAAGGUGGAGCAGCUACACCCUCCUUCAGAGAACCCCCUACCACCACACAGAGGUGGAGCAGCUCAGACUGGUCAUGAUUCAUGCCUGGGAUGGAACCUUUCUUCCAAGGAUUCCAGGAGUCUGAUUGGACACCGCCUCGGUCUGCGUCCAGAGGACCCCCAGGUGGGCAGAGGCCGUGAUAAGUCCUGAGAAAAGUGAAAAUCGACCAACAGACUCUGACACUGAAUGGGUUGAUGUUUAACUUUUAUGGAGAAAACUAAAGUGAGCAUUCAUCAACUCACCAGUGGCCUCGGCCUUUCUAAGCAGGAUAUAAACUAAAUGUUAAGCCCAGCAUUGAUCUAGUAUGUAUUUAUCUGUCUUACUUGUUCAAUAAAGUAUCCAUCAGUAGUUAUUAUAA